AUGGAGGCAACGACCGCAGGCCGCUGCACGGCAAAUGAGGGUGGCCCUAGAUACGUGGAAAGCUUGCCGAGCGAGCACUCCGACCCUUCGUCUACCUUUUGCAGCGAUGAGGAGUGGGUCGUCUCGACCGAUGAGUCGUCGAGCACAUCCAGCACAGUGCAUACGGAUUCGAUUGACUGCACGCAGCAAACUACGGAAGCGCCACCCCUUCAGAGAACUCAAUUUGAAUCUUGGGAUGACCUGGAGGACUAUCUGCAAAAGUACUCGAAGGACACGUAUCAGACACUGAUACAUUGUUGUUAUCGUGUCGAAUAUUGUUUUAGAGUGCGGACAAACAACAAAGUUGGGGUGCGGAACAAGAAAAUUCGAGCUGCCUCCAGUUCGACGCAGCCGGUUCUGCCGGACAAGUGGAUUUACUACGGUAAGACAUUCGUUUGUACACAUGAUGGCAAGUACAAGUCGAGAGGACAGGGGAAAAGGAAGCGCCAACAGUCCAGGGCAAUCGAGUGCGAUGUCCAGAUCAACGCUUGCGUGCAAGUUGUUGACGCAGCGGCUCCUACGUUUGCGCUGCGGAUUACGUCGGCGCGCUUGAAGCAUAAUCACCCCCUCAACAAACACAUAUUUGAACAGUACCCACAGGUCCGAACAGCUCUGGGGCCAGAGGUUGUCGGGACGGUGAGUGAGCUGUUGAAGGCUGGUGCCAAGAAGAAGCAGAUAUUACAGUAUAUUUACGAGAAGUCCAGCUGCGCCCCAACCACCCAAGAUGUUCAUAACCUUGUAAGGAAACUCAAGUACCAGAAUAAUGCUGCAUCGACGAGUGCUAAACGGUUAAAGCACUGGAUGCACGAAUUUACGCAGGAGCCAGGAAAUGUUGGUCGAAUCUUCGUGGACUCAGUUCACAAAAAGACUAUUGCGACGUGUAUCACUAUGCAGACGGCACAUAUGCGGGAGCUCUUUGACAGAUUUCCGGAGGUACUCAUGAUCGACGCAACCCACGGGACAAAUGCAUCAAAGUACAAGGUGUUCUCUAUUAUGGCUCAUGAUGCUUUUGGCAAGGCCAAUUUGUUCAACACGCAGUCGUCCAAAACGAACGGGCUGCUACUCUGCUGA